GCGGGUGACGGGAGCGGGGAAGGGGGAGCGUGGCCUCACACAGGGCCGGCAGCCCCGGUUCUGCUGCGGGAGCAACACCAGCAAGAGGGACCCCAGUGAGGAGAGGAGCAUCACCCAUCUCCCCAGGAGCAAAGGCAAGGAGAAGGUAGCAGCCAUGGUUGUGGUGGGGUUACCCUCUCUGGGACACAGGAGAAGAGCCCUUGCUGCCCAGGCACCAGAACUGCUGGCUUAGCCCUGGAGGGGGAUGGCAAGCCAGACGGGGUCAAACACCACGGACAGCCUAGAGCUGCUCUCCAUCCCCAAGCACUCCAUUGCCCAGGAGGUGGUGGGCCUCUUCUGCAUGAUCCUGCUCACCCUCACCGCCCUGGUGGCAAACAUCGUGGUGAUGGUCAUCAUCCUCAAAACACCCCUUUUCAGGAAGUUCAUCUUCGUCUGCCACCUCUGUGUAGUCAAUCUCCUCUCAGCCAUUUUCCUCAUGCCCCUGGGGAUCAUCUCCAGCUCCUCCUGCUUCAACAGGGUGAUCUACAGCAUUGCUGAGUGCAAGGCCGUGAUAUUCCUGAAUAUCUGCUUCAUCAGUGCCUCCAUUCUCACCAUCUCUAUCAUCAGUGUGGAGCGGUACUACUACAUCGUCCACCCCUUGAGGUAUGAGGUCAAGAUGACCAUCAGGCUGGCAGUGGCUGGAGUGAUUUUCAUUUGGGUCAAGUCUGUUCUCAUCACUGUCUUGGCACUGGUGGCGUGGCCUCACGGUAAUGGGGCCACCAGCGCCAGCCGCUGCACAGUCUACUGGAGCCCCGGGGCACACAAGAAGGUUUUUGUGAUCCUCUUCAGCAUCACCUGCUUCAUUCUGCCCACCAUCAUUAUCCUUGCUGUCUACUCCAGCAUCUACCGCGUGGCCCGGACUGCAUCCCUGCAGCAGGCGCCUGUGCCGGCACAGGCAGUUGCACCCAGACACCGAUGUGAUUCCAUCGCCAGCCAAGUGACCAUCCUCACUGCCAGGAUCCUGAUGCUGCCCAGGCUGAUCCCAGAUCGCCUUCUGGGAAGCAACAAGGCCAUCCUCACCUUGGUCCUCAUUGUGGGACAGUUCUUGUGCUGCUGGCUGCCUUUCUUUGCUUUCCACUUGCACUCCUCUGUCACUGUUGGCACUCUGGGUGGUGGGCAUGGGGAGAUGGUGGUCACCUGGAUUGCCUACUCCUCCUUUGCCAUUAAUCCUUUCUUCUACGGGUUGCUGAACCGCCAAAUCCGUGAGGAGCUGGCCCGGCUCCGGCGCAGCUGUCUUAACCGUCCACUGGGUCAGGAGCUCUGUCUUUCCAUCUCAGAGGCUUCUGUUCAGGAAAACUUCUUGCAGUUCCUCCAGAGAGCAACUUGCACACUGGAGACCCACACCAGCUGCAUCAGCCCCAGCCCCAGGAACAGGCUGGACCAGACCACAGCGGGCUUCCCCACCCCAGGUCAAGUUCCUGAAGAGAGCAGCUGAGAAGGAGGCUCUGUUCCACUGUGCUGGGCAGGAGACCUGCCAGGGACCUGUCAGACCUGCUUGGACCCAAUCUCUUGGAUUUGGGGAAGUCCUUGUUCAGGUUUUACCUCUUCUCUGAGCUUGUGCUGGAAGAUGGUUUGUCUCUGUGUUUCUCUGUGGCUCUUCUCCAUUUUGGUUCUUUCCCUUCACACCCUGCUCCCGAUCCCAACAGGCAAGGAGAAGGUAGCAGCCAUGGUUGUGGUGGAAGAAGGCAAGGAGAAGGUAGCAGAUCUGGGGAAGUCACAUCUCUCUUCUGCAGGCUGGAAUUGUCUCCGGCUCCACCAGCACAGCCCAGUUCCAUGGAUGGGCUCUCCUCAAGACAUGGAAUGCUAAGGGGCUCCUACACAGGGGCAGGGACACCUCCAUCUCCACUGCCCUGCUGGGAGCUCUCCUGGCCAGUGGGAAAGAGCAGAUGUCCCUUGCAUUCUACCCAGGAGCAAUGUUCCAGCUAAUGCCACUAACACCAGUAACACCAGGGCCCCGAGCCCCCUGCUGAGCCUGGAUGGCAGGCAUGAAGACCUCCAUCCUUGACUGUUUAACCCAAAACUAAUGUCUGUGUGGAGGAGCUCCUGCUCCCUAUAACACUGAUCAGGAGGACACACUCACA